AUGGACGACCCAUGGCAGAACAACGUGAACCAGCAGGGCACUGAGAUCCCCACCUACGGGGAGGGGGGCGGCCAGGAGUACCCCUACCAGGCUGACUUCCCCAAACAGGAGGGAGAGGGGGACGAGGACGCUAGGAGUGAUGCCACGGAGGGUCACGAUGAGGACGCAGAGGCCAUGUACGAAGGAGAGUACCAGGGGAUCCCCCACCCUGACGAGAUCAAGGCGGCCCAGCGGGCGGCCAGGGCUGAGGCCAGGAAGAAGGCCAGGCUGGCAGCGGCGAUGCCGGAGGAGGAGGACCUGGCAGAACAGUAUGAGAACAUCAUGGAGGACUGUGGGCACGGCCGCUUCCAGUGGACCCUGUUUAUCGUGCUGGGCAUGGCGCUGAUGGCAGAUGGCGUGGACGGAUUUGUGGUGGGCUUCGUGUUGCCUAGCGCUGAGAAGGACAUGUGCUUAUCCAACGCCAACAAGGGCAUGCUGGGUAAGUCACAGGUCAAAGUUCGGUAGCUUUGGGGGCGGUUCAAUAAAACCUGGUGUUAUGGAACACUUUCUGAGAAUGGUUCUUCUGAACUGUUUAAGAUAGUCUCUACAUAAUAAUAAAUACACUAUAUUGGACGGACUGCUGGCUGCUUCCAUCAUACAGUAAGUAUAUCAUUGGAUAAUGUGGCAGCUAUUUACUGCCAAUAUCACAGCAUCACAACAGAAUGAUUACAGCAUCCUGCUGGAGUGAGCAGUGACAGCGAGACAGACUAAUGGUCCACCUGGUAGUCAACUCACCUGGCUUCUGUUAACAUGCUGAAGAAGGCCUGUGUUCGGCCUGUGUUCUGCCAAUCAGAGAGUCUGCCCUGUAGUGUUGAGCAUGUAGCUGUCAGUCAAACACCAUGGGGUCCUUCUGUCUCUGACACCAAUGAAGACGCCUAAGGCCUGACUAAAAUGAAGACAAUAUCUGCUUGCACAAAGGAAAAGUAGGCCUACCUGGCUCUAAAAUGAUCAAAGCCUCCGUUUUUCUUGAUCUUCAGCAAAAUGAGCUUUGACUCAAGAGGCAGAUAUCUGUUUAAUACCUUGGGGAUCCAGCUAUAGCUAUAGCUCAUAACACUGGCCUGUCAAAGCACCGACGCGGGUAGCUUAGUGGUUAAGAGCGUUGUGCCAGUAACGGAAAAGUCGCUGGUUCUAAUCCCCGAGCUGACUAGGUGAAAAGUCUGUCGAUGUGCCCUUGAGCAAGGUACUUAACCCUAAUUGCUCUGGAUAAGAGCGUCUGCUAAAUGACUAAAAUGUAAUGUAACGCUGCACCCUGUUUUAACAGAACACACGGAACACUGUGAAGUGAAGCCAUUCCAUGUUGUCUGCUUGCCAUAUUAGUCUACAGUUAUCAGGUAUGAUGCCAUCACCCAAAACGUUUUAUAGCAUUGGGGAUGUUAUCACAUGACAUUAUUGUGUUGCAACCUUUUUUAGUCCAAAACCAACCUGCUGCUGCUUCUGUAGCCCAUAUGUUUCCCCUGUUGCAGGGAAGUAGUCCUGACAGCUGGGUUCACAAGACCCCGACAACAGAACACAUCCAUUCAUUGUGUUUCUCACCCCCAGGCCCUCCAACUGAGUUCACAAGACCCCGACAACAGAACACAUCCAUUCAUUGUGUUUCUCACCCCCAGGCCCUCCAACUGAGUUCACAAGACCCCGACAACAGAACACAUCCAUUCAUUGUGUUUCUCACCCCCAGGCCCUCCAACUGAGUUCACAAGACCCUGACAACAGAACACAUCCAUUCAUUGUGUUCCUCACCCCCAGGCCCUCCAACUGAGUUCACAAGACCCCGACAACAGAACACAUCCAUUCAUUGUGUUUCUCACCCCCAGGCCCUCCAACUGAGUUCACAAGACCCUGACAACAGAACACAUCCAUUCAUUGUGUUCCUCACCCCCAGGCCCUCCAACUGAGUUCACAAGACCCUGACAACAGAACACAUCCAUUCAUUGUGUUCCUCACCCCCAGGCCCUCCAACUGAGUUCACAAGACCCUGACAACAGAACACAUCCAUUCAUUGUGUUCCUCACCCCCAGGCCCUCCAACUGAGUUCACAAGACCCUGACAACAGAACACAUCCAUUCAUUGUGUUCCUCACCCCCAGGCCCUCCAACUGAGUUCACAAGACCCUGACAACAGAACACAUCCAUUCAUUGUGUUCCUCACCCCCAGGCCCUCCAACUGAGUUCACAAGACCCUGACAACAGAACACAUCCAUUCAUUGUGUUCCUCACCCCCAGGCCCUCACCAGCUGUGACUGGGCUGUGACCUGGUUGAAGGCUAACUGUGAUGCCUGAGGCCUGGUACAAAGGACAUAACGUUUGGAGCGGGUAGCGUUUCGAAGGAUACUAAUCCACAGGGAGGUGCACUGACAGCACACCACAGCAACACACGCCUCUAGUCUAAACUAAGCUGCUUACUCCACUGUAAUUAGGGCUGUAGUAUAAACCCAGGACAUUGGAGGACUGAGAUACAUUUACUGUAGCUGCUUCUAGCAACCAGGUCUAUUGAAAUACACUAGCGCUGCUUUCAAUCGGAUUGGGUUGCACAAAAAACAGUCAGUGGGAAGCCAGAAGAGAAAUACAAUUAAAUGUCAACUCCCUGUGCCUCUGGUGGUGGGCAGAGCAGUUGGUUAUUAUAGGAAUUUGAGACAAAAUAUCUAAAGGAUCGUAUUAUUAAACUUCCUCUCUGCUUACCUCAUGUCAAAAUAAAAGUCCUGCAUGUGCGCCAUAUGUGUGCACAAAAAAAGGAAUACGUUGUGGGGGACUUUUAUUUUGACAUGAGGUAAGCAGAGAGGAAGUGGGUCUACAGCAGGCCCACGUUUGGAACGUCUGUUUAAUAAUACGAUCCUUUAGAUAUUUUGUCUCAAAUACCCCCGUCAUAAUGACCAACCGCUCUGCCCACCGCCAGAGAUAAAAUAUAAUUAUAUUUCACUUCUGGCUUCCCACGGACUGUUUUUGUGCAACCCAAUACAAUCGACAGCAACGCUAGUGUUGGUAAAUACACCCACGUUACUAAAAGCACCUAUACAUACUGCUAGUGUUGGUAAAUACACCCACGUUACUAAAAGCACCUAUACAUACUGCUAGGGUUGGUAAAUACACCCACGUUACUAAAAGCACCUAUACAUACUGCUAGUGUUGGUAAAUACACCCACGUUACUAAAAGCACCUAUACAUACUGCUAGUGUUGGUAAAUACACCCACGUUACUAAAAGCACCUAUACAUACUGCUAGUGUUGGUAAAUACACCCACGUUACUAAAAGCACCUAUACAUACUGCUAGUGUUGGUAAAUACACCCACGUUACUAAAAGCACCUAUACAUACUGCUAGUGUUGGUAAAUACACCCACGUUACUAAAAGCACCUAUACAUACUGCUAGUGUUGGUAAAUACACCCACGUUACUAAAAGCACCUAUACAUACUGCUAGUGUUGGUAAAUACACCCACGUUACUAAAAGCACCUAUACAUACUGCUAGUGUGGGUAAAUACACCCACGUUACUAAAAGCACCUAUACAUACUGCUAGUGUUGGUAAAUACACCCACGUUACUAAAAGCGCCUAUACAUACUGCUAGUGUUGGUAAAUACACCCACGUCACUAAAAGCACCUAUACAUACUGCUAGGGUUGGUAAAUACACCCACGUUACUAAAAGCGCCUAUACAUACUGCUAGUGUGGGUAAAUACACCCACGUUACUAAAAGCACCUAUACAUACUGCUAGUGUUGGUAAAUACACCCACGUUACUAAAAGCACCUAUACAUACUGCUAGUGUUGGUAAAUACACCCACGUUACUAAAAGCGCCUAUACAUACUGCUAGUGUUGGUAAAUACACCCACGUUACUAAAAGCACCUAUACAUACUGCUAGUGUGGGUAAAUACACCCACGUUACUAAAAGCACCUAUACAUACUGCUAGGGUUGGUAAAUACACCCACGUUACUAAAAGCACCUAUACAUACUGCUAGUGUUGGUAAAUACACCCACGUUACUAAAAGCACCUAUACAUACUGCUAGUGUUGGUAAACACCCACGUUACUAAAAGCACCUAUACAUACUGCUAGUGUUGGUAAAUACACCCACGUUACUAAAAGUGCCUAUACAUACUGCUAGUGUUGGUAAACACCCAUGUUACUAAAAGCACCUAUACAUACUGCUAGUGUUGGUAAAUACACCCACGUUACUAAAAGCACCUAUACAUACUGCUAGUGUUGGUAAACACCCACGUUACUAAAAGCACCUAUACAUACUGCUAGUGUUGGUAAAUACACCCACGUUACUAAAAUCACCUAUACAUACUGCUAGUGUUGGUAAAUACACCCACGUUACUAAAAGCACCUAUACAUACUGCUAGUGUUGGUAAAUACACCCACGUCACUAAAAGCACCUAUACAUACUGCUAGUGUUGGUAAAUACACCCACGUUACUAAAAGCACCUAUACAUACUGCUAGUGUUGGUAAAUACACCCACGUUACUAAAAGCACCUAUACAUACUGCUAGUGUUGGUAAAUACACCCACGUUACUAAAAGCACCUAUACAUACUGCUAGUGUUGGUAAACACCCACGUUACUAAAAGCACCUAUACAUACUGCUAGUGUUGGUAAAUACACCCACGUUACUAAAAGCACCUAUACAUACUGCUAGUGUUGGUAAAUACACCCACGUUACUAAAAGCACCUAUACAUACUGCUAGUGUUGGUAAAUACACCCACGUUACUAAAAGCACCUAUACAUACUGCUAGUGUUGGUAAAUACACCCACGUUACUAAAAGCACCUAUACAUACUGCUAGUGUUGGUAAAUACACCCACGUUACUAAAAGCACCUAUACAUACUGCUAGUGUUGGUAAACACCCACGUUACUAAAAGCACCUAUACAUACUGAUAGUGUUGGUAAAUACACCCACGUUACUAAAAGCACCUAUACAUACUGCUAGUGUUGGUAAAUACUCCCACGUUACUAAAAGCACCUAUACAUACUGCUAGUGUUGGUAAAUACUCCCACGUUACUAAAAGCACCUAUACAUACUGCUAGUGUUGGUAAAUACACCCACGUUAAUAAAAGCACCUAUACAUACCGCUAGUGUUGGUAAAUACACCCACGUUACUAAAAGCACCUAUACAUACCGCUAGUGUUGGUAAAUACACCCACGUUACUAAAAGCACCUAUACAUACUGCUAGUGUUGGUAAACACACCCACGUUACUAAAAGCACCUAUACAUACUGCUAGUGUUGGUAAAUACACCCACGUUACUAAAAGCACCUAUACAUACUGCUAGUGUUGGUAAAUACACCCACGUUACUAAAAGCACCUAUACAUACUGCUAGUGUUGGUAAAUACACCCACGUUACUAAAAGCACCUAUACAUACUGCUAGUGUUGGUAAAUACACCCACGUUACUAAAAGCACCUAUACAUACUGAUAGUGUUGGUAAAUACACCCACGUUACUAAAAGCACCUAUACAUACUGCUAGUGUUGGUAAAUACACCCACGUUACUAAAAGCACCUAUACAUACUGCUAGUGUUGGUAAAUACACCCACGUUACUAAAAGCACCUAUACAUACUGAUAGUGUUGGUAAAUACACCCACGUUACUAAAAGCACCUAUACAUACUGCUAGUGUUGGUAAAUACACCCACGUCACUAAAAGCACCUAUACAUACUGCUAGUGUUGGUAAAUACACCCACGUCACUAAAAGCACCUAUACAUACUGAUAGUGUUGGUAAAUACACCCACGUUACUAAAAGCACCUAUACAUACUGCUAGUGUUGGUAAAUACACCCACGUUACUAAAAGCACCUAUACAUACCGCUAGUGUUGGUAAAUACACCCACGUUACUAAAAGCACCUAUACAUACUGCUAGUGUUGGUAAAUACACCCACGUUACUAAAAGCACCUAUACAUACUGAUAGUGUUGGUAAAUACACCCACGUUACUAAAAGCACCUAUACAUACUGCUAGUGUUGGUAAAUACACCCACGUUACUAAAAGCACCUAUACAUACUGCUAGUGUUGGUAAAUACACCCACGUUACUAAAAGCACCGAUACAUACUGCUAGUGUUGGUAAAUACACCCACGUUACUAAAAGCACCUAUACAUACUGCUAGUGUUGGUAAAUACACCCACGUUACUAAAAGCACCUAUACAUACUGCUAGUGUUGGUAAAUACACCCACGUUACUAAAAGCACCUAUACAUACUGCUAGUGUUGGUAAAUACACCCACGUUACUAAAAGCACCUAUACAUACUGCUAGUGUUGGUAAAUACACCCACGUUACUAAAAGCACCUAUACAUACUGCUAGUGUUGGUAAAUACACCCACGUUACUAAAAGCACCUAUACAUACUGAUAGUGUUGGUAAAUACACCCACGUCACUAAAAGCACCUAUACAUACUGCUAGUGUUGGUAAAUACACCCACGUUACUAAAAGCACCUAUACAUACUGCUAGUGUUGGUAAAUACACCCACGUUACUAAAAGCACCUAUACAUACCGAUAGUGUUGGUAAAUACACCCACGUCACUAAAAGCACCUAUACAUACCGAUAGUGUUGGUAAGAAAGAAAUGUUGUUGGCAUGGGAGUGGUGGAGUUGAUUUUCUCUCACUUCAGCUCAAAAAUAGCCGCCAUGUUUUCCUAAAUAUUUUAGAAAGGCAGACUGAGGUGAUCACGACCAACAUUUGAUUGGAGGAUUCCAAAAAAUGUUGGCGCUGCCAAUCAAAAUUAAAAAGUUGCUCAUUUUCAAUCUAAAAUAGUUGCAGCAACAAUUGCUGGCAACAUUGCUGUCAACAUUGCUCGGUAAUAUUGCUCGGCAACAUUGCUCGGUAAUAUUGCUCGGUAAUAUUGCUCGGCAACAUUGCUCGGUAAUAUUGCCAAUGUAUCAUGGCCUUAAGAGGGCCGGCCCAGUACUGAACGAUACCUGGUGAUGGAUAUAGGAGUAUAAUGAAAAGUCUAUAAUAUGCAUGGCCUUUAUAAUGUACUGUAUAUUAUGAUGUAAUGAAACAGAUGGCUGAAUCCAUAGGCUUUCAUCUCUAUAAUACUCACCAUCAUCUAGGAAUCAUUUUGUUAGUGUGUUGACAUCCAAAUGGAUACCUCCAUAAUCAUUUAGAAGUUGUUGUUUUAACCCAGACAUGUCACUGUGUAUAGCUAGAUUAUGUCACUGUGCUGUGACUUCACACACACUUAAAACCCCCAAAAUAUAACAUAGAUAUUGCUUCGUAACUCAGGUUUCAUUUCAGUGACUGUGGGGAAUUCACAGGUUUUUUGUAAGGAUAUCUUGAAUAAGGGCUUUCCCUUCAUCCUAACUAAGUAAGAACAGGUCAAUAGGACAACAUAUCAGAGUGAUCCUUCUAGUGGAGGAGUGGAGAUCCACUGGACUAUGGGCCUUGAGCAUCUGGGUAAAGUCUGGCAGAACAUCAUUACUGUACUAUGGGCCUUGAGCCACUGGGUAAAGUCUGGCAGAACAUCAUACUGGGUAACUAUGGGCCAUUGGAGCCACUGGGGUAAAGUCUGACAGAACAUCAUUACUGUACUAUGUGCCUUGAGCCACUGGGUAAAGUCUGGCAGAAACAUCAUUACUGUACUAUGGGCCUUGAGCCACUGGGGUAAAGACUGGCAGAACAUCAUUACUGUACUAUGGGCCUUGAGCCACUGGGUAAAGUCUGGCAGAACAUCAUUACUGUACUAUGGGCCUUGAGCCCAUGGGUUAAAGACUGGCAGAACAUCAUUACGUACUAUGGGCCUUGAGCCACUGGGUAAAGACUGGCAGAACAUCAUUACUGUACAUGGGCCUUGAGCCACUGGGUAAGUCUGGCAGAAACAUCAUUACUGGUACUAUGGCCUUGAGCCACUGGGUAAAGUCUGGGCAGAACAUCAUUACUGUACUAUGGGGCCUUGAGCCACUGGGUAAGUCUGGCAGAACAUCAUUACUGUACUAUGGGCCUUGAGCCACUGGGUAAAGUCUGGCAGAACAUCAUUACUGGACUAUGGGCCUUGAGCCACUGGGUAAAGUCUGGCAGAACAUCAUUACUGUACUAUGGGACCUUGAGCCACUGGGUAAAGUCUGGCAGAACAUCAUUACUGUACUAUGGGCCUUGAGCCACUGGGUAAAGUCUGGCAGAACAUCAUUACUGUACUAUGGGCCUUGAGCCACUGGGUAAAGACUGGCAGAACAUCAUUACUGUACUAUGGGCCUUGAGCCACUGGGUAAAGUCUGGCAGAACAUCAUUACUGGUACUAUGGGCCUUGAGCCACUGGGUAAGUUGGCAGAAAUCAUACUGAUAUGGCCUUGAGCCACUGGGUAAAGUCUGGCAGAACAUCAUUACUGUACUAUGGGCCUUGAGCCACUGGGUAAGUCUGGCCAGAACAUAUUACUGUAAUAUGGCCUUGAGCCACUGGGUAAAGUCUGGCAGAACAUCAUUACUGUACUAUGGGCCUUGAGCCACUGGGGAAAGUCUGGCAGAAAAGCUAAAUCUGGCAGAAGUCUGAGAACAUUACUGUACUAUGGGCCUUGAGCCACUGGGUAAAGUCUGGCAGAACAUCAUUACUGUACUAUGGGCCUUGAGCCACUGGGUAAAGUCUGGCAGAACAUCAUUACUGUACUAUGGGCCUUGAGCCACUGGGUAAAGUCUGGCAGAACAUCAUUACUGUACUAUGGGCCUUGAGCACUUGGUAAAGCUGCAGAACAUCAUUACUGUAUAUGGGGCCUUGAGCCACUGGGUAAAGUCUGGCAGAACAUCAUUACUGUACUAUGGGCCUUGAGCCACUGGGUAAAGUCUGGCAGAACAUCAUUACUGUAAUAUGGGCCUUGAGCCACUGGGUAAAGUCUGGCAGAACAUCAUUACUGUACUAGGGGCUUGAGCCACUGGGUAAAGUCUGGCAGAACAUUCAGUACUGUACUAUUGGGAGUAUUGGACAGAAUGAAGGAGAGAGAAUGAGACUAGGUGGGGGGUAUAAGAUACUGUCAGUCUGUCUGUCUGUCUGUCUCUGGUUUAUGUCAAGGGAAGAAGGAGAAAAGGAGAGAGAGACGAGAGAGAGAGAGAGAGAGAGAGAGAGGCUGAGAGAGAGAGGGAGAGAGUAGAGAGAGAGAGAGAGAGAGAGAGAGAGAGAGGGAGAGGAGAGAGGGAGAGAGAGAGAGAGAGAGAGAGAGAAGCGAGAGAAGAGAGAGAGAGAGAGAGAGAGAGAGAGAGAGAGAGAAGCGGAGAGGGAGAGAGAGAGAGAGAGAGAGGAGAGAGAGAGAGAAUGAGGAGAGAGAAAGAGAGAGACAGAGAGAGAGAAGAGAGAGAGAGAGAUGUCUCUCUCUCUCUCUCUCUCGCCUCUCUCUUCUUCUCUCACUCUCUCCUCUCUCUCUUCUCUCUUCUCUUCGCCUCAACCUCUCCCUCGCUCUCGCUCUCGCUCUCUCCCUCUCUUCUCUCUCUCUAUCUCUUCUAUCCUCUCUCUCUCUCUCUCUCUCGUCUGUCUGUCUUCUGUCUAGUCUGUCGUAUGUCUGUCGUCUGUAUGUCUGUCCUGUCUGUCGUCUGUCUGUUUCUCUCUCUCUCUCUCCUCUCUCUGUCUCUCUCCUCUCUCUCUCUAUUCUUUCUCUCUCCUCUUUAUCUCGUGUUAAAGGUCUGUUGGUGUACGUGUCGAUGAUGGUGGGGGCAUUCGUCUGGGGUAGCCUGGCGGAUAAGAUGGGCCGUAGGAAAUGUCUGAUCUACUGUCUGGCCAUCGACUGUGUCUUCAGCUUCCUGUCCUGCUUUGCUCAGGGAUACGGAUUCUUCAUUUUCUUCAGGAUCUGCUCCGGCUUCGGGUAAGAUGAGACUGUCGUUGAGAUGGAGAAAGAGAUUAAGAGAGAGAUGGCGAGUGAUGGAUGGAGAGAGAGGGAUGGAGAGAGAUGGAUGGAGAGAGAUGGAUGGGGAGAGAGGGAUGGAGAGAGAGGGAUGGAGAGAGAGAUGAAUGGAGAGAGAGGGAUGGAGAGAGAGAGAUGGAGAGGGGCUGGAGAGGGGAUUGAGAGAGAGAUGGAGAGGGGCUGGAGAGGGGAAUGAGAGAUAGAUGUUAGAUGGAUAUAACGGGUAUUUGUGACUGGCUGGCUGACCGGUCAAUUAAAUGUUCCUGGAGCGUGUUGAAAGGAAUAAGGAAGUCCCUGAUGCAGUGAUGUCUUGUGGGUCAGUCAGCCUUAUGGGGUGAUCACCACUACCUCCUCACCUCCUUAACAUAAUGGUCAUAAGACACACUUCUUUCAUAAUCAUUACUGCAGGCUAGCACUGUCUGGCAGACGCCCUGAGCCCAGCCAAGGCACCAAGAUCGUAACGUCAUGUCCGAGUCCCAAAUGGCACCCUAUGCCCUAUGUAGUGCACUUCCGAUGGGCCCUGGUCAAAAGUAGUGCAUUACAUAGGGAAUAGGGUGCCAUUUGGACACACAUCGUAACAGAACCCUUUACCGGAGCCAAAUAGAACAGUCCCAUGUUGGUUAUAAGGCAACAUCCACAGAACAGGCAGAAAAGACACCUGAAGAGGAAUCACACCCCAUUUCAGUGUUUGAACAUUUCUGCUGAUGUUAAAGAAUAUAUUGACCGUGUUGAAGUGUCUGUAAUGUCUCCUGUAUUGUUCCACCAGGAUCGGAGGGACUAUCCCGAUAGUGUACACCUACUUUGCAGAGUUCCUCCAGUUGGAUAAGAGAGGGGAGCACCUUAGCUGGCUGUGUAUGUUCUGGAUGUUGGGUGGACUCUAUGCCUCCUUCACCGCCUGGGGAAUCAUCCCACACUACGGUACGAAGACAUAAUGCUGUUCUGGAAUACUUGACUCAUUUCAUAGUAGAUGAAUUGAGCAGUUUGGGCUUGACCUGACCAAGCCCUGAUGGAGGCCAUGCACUCUUUGAGCUCAACUAUAACGUCACCCAGCAGGUAAUGGCCCUGGCUGUGCUGUUGCAGUUGUUGUUGUUGAUGAUGGUGAUGGUAAUGAUGAUAAUGGUAAUGAUGGUGAUGGUGAUGAUGAUGAUGGUAAUGAUGAUGGUGAUGGUGAUGAUGAUGAUGAUGAUGAUGGUGAUGAUGGUGUUGGUGAUGGUAAUGAUGGUGAUGGUGAUGGUGAUGGUGAUGAUGGUGAUGGUGAUGGUAAUGAUGGUGAUGGUGAUGGUGAUGGUGGUGAUGGUGAUGGUAAUGAUGGUGAUGGUAAUGGUAAUGAUGGUAAUGAUGAUGAUGGUGAUGAUGGUGAUGGUGAUGGUGGUGGUGAUGGUAAUGAUGAUGAUGGUAAUGAUGAUGAUGGUAAUGAUGGUGAUGGUGAUGAUGGUAAUGAUGAUGAUGGUAAUGAUGAUGAUGGUGAUGAUGGUGAUGGUGAUGGUGGUGGUGAUGGUGAUGGUGAUGCUGAUGGUGAUGGUGAUGAUUAUUAUUAUUGUUGUUGAUGUAUGUUGUUGUUGUUGCAGGCUGGGGCUUCAGCCUGGGGACUGAGUACCAGAUCCACGGAUGGAGAGUAUUCAUCCUGGUCUGUAUGUUUCCAGCCAUUAUUGCCCUCGUCGGACUGGUCUUCAUGCCAGAAAGCCCACGCUUCCUCCUUCAGGUAACAGAAAAUGUGUGUGUUUGUGUGUGUGUGUGUGUGUGUGUGUGUCUUAGUGUGUGCGUGCAUGCGUGUGUGUACAGUAUUAAACUUUUUUUUACCCCAUAGGAGAACCCUUUUUGGUCCAGGUAGAACUCUUUUGGGUUCCAUGUGGAAUCCUCUGUGAAAAGGGUUCUACCUGGAACCAAAAUGGUUCUACCUGGAACCAAAAGAGUUCUACCUGGAACCAAAAUGGUUCUACCUGGAACCAAAAAGGGUUCUACCUGGAACCAAAAAGGGUUCUACCUGGAACCAAAAGGGUUUCUCCUAUGGGGACAGCCGAAGAACCCUUUUAGGUUCUAGAUAGCACCUUUUUUUCUAAGAGUUUACCUUUCUAUGGCAUUGUAUAUUCCAGUAGCUGCAUGUGAUAGGCUGACAGCUGUUUCUGUCUGUCUCUGUCAGAAUGGGAGACAUGACGAGGCCUGGAUGAUUCUGAGGCAGGUCCAUGAUACCAACUGGAAGGCCAAGGGAGAACCAGAGAGGGUGUUCACCGUGAGUACAACUCUACUCUCAUCUAGUACCCUACAGUCAUAAGGACCAGAAUCACUAUUAGUUCUAUAUCAAUGUGAUGUUAUAUAAUCACUAUUAGUUCUAUAUCAAUGUGAUGUUAUAUAAUCACUAUUAGUUCUAUAUCAAUGUGAUGUUAUAUAAUCACUAUUAGUUCUAUAUCAAUGUGAUGUUAAAUAAUCACUAUUAGUUCUAUAUCAAUGUGAUGUUAUAUAACCACUAUUAGUUCUAUAUCAAUGUGAUGUUAUAUAAUCACUAUUAGUUCUAUAUCAAUGUGAUGUUAUAUAAUCACUAUUAGUUCUAUAUCAAUGUGAUGUUAAAUAAUCACUAUUAGUUCUAUAUCAAUGUGAUGUUAUAUAAUCACUAUUAGUUCUAUAUCAAUGUGAUGUUAUAUAAUCACUAUUAGUUCUAUAUCAAUGUGAUGUUAUAUAAUCACUAUUAGUUCUAUAUCAAUGUGAUGUUAUAUAAUCACUAUUAGUUCUAUAUCAAUGUGAUGUUAAAUAAUCACUAUUAGUUCUAUAUCAAUGUGAUGUUAUAUAAUCACUAUUAGUUCUAUAUCAAUGUGAUGUUAUAUAAUCACUAUUAGUUCUAUAUCAAUGUGAUGUUAAAUAAUCACUAUUAGUUCUAUAUCAAUGUGAUGUUAUAUAAUCACUAUUAGUUCUAUAUCAAUGUGAUGUUAUAUAAUCACUAUUAGUUCUAUAUCAAUGUGAUGUUAUCACUAUUAGUUCUAUAUCAAUGUGAUGUUAUAUAAUCCCUCCUGUCAGGUGUCCAACAUCGCGACUCCUAAGACCCAGGAGGAUGAGUUCAUUGAGAUCCAGAGUGACACUGGAACAGCCUUCCAGCGCUGGACCGUCAGACACACCAACCUGCUCAAACAGGUAACAUAUAGACACACCAACCUGCUCAAACAGGUAACAUAUAGUAGUGAAUUCAGGGCGGAGCCCCGACCGAGAGUCGGAUCGGUGUCCAGCGACAGUCAACCCAACCCCUUAGCCAUUACCCCAAGAGAUCCUCAGUCAACCCAACCCCUUAGCCAUUACCCCAAGAGAUCCUCAGUCAACCCAACCCCUUAGCCAUUACCCCAAGAGAUCCUCAGUCAACCCAACCCCUUAGCCAUUACCCCAAGAGAUCCUCAGUCAACCCAACCCCUUAGCCAUUACCCCAAGAGAUCCUCAGUCAACCCAACCCCUUAGCCAUUACCCCAAGAGAUCCUCAGUCAACCCAACCCCUUAGCCAUUACCCCAAGAGAUCCUCAGUCAACCCAACCCCUUAGCCAUUACCCCAAGAGAUCCUAACCCCUAUUAGGACACUAGGUGUUGAAUUCAGAUUGCUACAAUACAUAUUCUUGACAUGAUUCAAAAUGUUCUAAAGUUUUUGAAAACCGUCAAUAGCACUGCUCAUAAGAGUGUUGAAAACUGUCAAUAGCACUGCUCAUAAGAGUGUUGAAAACUGUCAAUAACACUGCUCAUAAGAGUGUUGAAAACUGUCAAUAACACUGCUCAUAAGAGUGUUGAAAACUGUCAAUAACACUGCUCAUAAGAGUGUUGAAAACUGUCAAUAGCACUGCUCAUAAGAGUGUUGAAAACUGUCAAUAACACUGCUCAUAAGAGUGUUGAAAACUGUCAAUAACACUGCUCAUAAGAGUGUUGAAAACUGUCAAUAACACUGCUCAUAAGAGUGUUGAAAACCGUCAAUAGCACUGCUCAUAAGAGUGUUGAAAACCGUCAAUAGCACUGCUCAUAAGAGUGUUGAAAACCGUCAAUAGCACUGCUCAUAAGAGUGUUGAAAACCGUCAAUAGCACUGCUCAUAAGAGUGUUGAAAACCGUCAAUAGCACUGCUCAUAAGAGUGUUGAAAACCGUCAAUAGCACUGCUCAUAAGAGUGUUGAAAACCGUCAAUAACACUGCUCAUAAGAGUGUUGAAAACCGUCAAUAGCACUGCUCAUAAGAGUGUAUCUGAACCAGGAGGAUGACUUGUUGGUGCUGUUGCCUCCAUGUUUCCAGGUAAUGCAGAACGUGAUGUCCCUGGCAGCACCAGACCUCAGACUGCAGGGUCUGUUCCUGGCUAUCAUCUGGUUCACCAUGGCCUUCAGGUAAACAAAUAGUACUAACCUUUUGUUGUGAGUAUAUUCAACAACCCCCCCUGUUAUUCCAUCAGGUGAUCCUAAACCAAUACAGGAGAUAUCCAAUCCAGUCAAAGCAAUCCAGAUCACGAACGUCUGCAUAUCUAAAACUUAAACAUGAUUGCUUGCUACCACUAGAGAGCACUGUUAAGUCUCUAUGGAUGUGUCAAUCAUGAUGGAUGACUGUUCCUUCUGUGUCCCAGCUACCACGGGCUGUCGGUGUGAUAGAUGACUGUUCCUUCUGUGUCCCAGCUACCACGGGCUGUCGGUGUGAUGGAUGACUGUUCCUUCUGUGUCCCAGCUACCACGGGCUGUCGGUGUGGUGGAUGACUGUUCCUUCUGUGUUUCAGCUACCACGGGCUGUCGGUGUGAUGGAUGACUGUUCCUUCUGUGUUUCAGCUACCACGGGCUGUCGGUGUGGUUCCCUGACAUGAUCAAGUACAUGCAGUAUGAGGAGUACGAGUCCAAGGUGAGACUCUUCCAUCAAGAACGAGUCGAGCGAUUCCACUUCAACUUCUCCCUGGUCAACCAGAUCCACAAAGAGGGAGAAUACAUCCACGACAAGUAUGUCACAGUGAUGACAAUAUGGGAUAUUAUGACUGGACAACUAGUAUGUCACAGUGAUGACAAUAUGGGAUAUUAUGACUGGACAACUAGCAUGUCACAGUGAUGACAAUAUGGGAUAUUAUGACUGGACAACUAGUAUGUCACAGUGAUGACAAUAUGGGAUAUUAUGACUGGACAACUAGUAUGUCACAGUGAUGACAAUAUGGGAUAUUAUGACUGGACAACUAGUAUGUCACAGUGAUGACAAUAUGGGAUAUUAUGACUGGACAACUAGUAUGGCACAGUGAUGACAAUAUGGGAUAUUAUGACUGGACAACUAGUAUGUCACAGUGAUGACAAUAUGGGAUAUUAUGACUGGACAACUAGUAUGUCACAGUGAUGACAAUAUGGGAUAUUAUGACUGGACAACUAGUAUGUCACAGUGAUGACAAUAUGGGAUAUUAUGACUGGACAACUAGUAUGUCACAGUGAUGUCAGAUGUCUUUACUGAAGCAGGGUUGUUCUCUCUUAUCUAGGUUCAUGAAUAUAGAGAUCAAGUCUGUGAAGUUUGAAGAUUCCCUGUUUGAGAACUGUUACUUUGAGGACAUCAGGUCGACCAACACGUACUUUGAGAACUGCACCAUCAAGAACACAGUCUUCUAUAACACAGGUAGGUGACACAGGUAGGCUCUCAGGAGGACUGCCACAGGUAGGUGACACAGGUAGGCUCUCAGGAGGACCGCCACAGGUGGGUGACACAGGUAGGCUCUCAGGAGGACCGCCACAGGUAGGUGACACAGGUAGGCUCUCAGGAGGACCGCCACAGGUAGGCUCUCAGGAGGACCGCCACAGGUAGGUGACACAGGUAGGCUCUCAUGAGGACCGCCACAGGUAGGCUCUCAGGAGGACUGCCACAGGUAGGUGACACAGGUAGGCUCUCAGGAGGACCGCCACAGGUAGGUGACACAGGUAGGCUCUCAGGAGGACCGCCACAGGUAGGUGACACAGGUAGGCUCUCAGGAGGACCGCCACAGGUAGGUGACACAGGUAGGCUCUCAUGAGGACCGCCACAGGUAGGUGACACAGGUAGGCUCUCAGGAGGACCGCCACAGGUAGGUGACACAGGUAGGCUCUCAUGAGGACCGCCACAGGUAGGUGACACAGGUAGGCUCUCAGGAGGACCGCCACAGGUAGGCUCUCAGGAGGACCGCCACAGGUAGGUGACACAGGUAGGCUCUCAGGAGGACCGCCACAGGUAGGCUCUCAGGAGGACCGCCACAGGUAGGUGACACAGGUAGGCUCUCAUGAGGACCGCCACAGGUAGGUGACACAGGUAGGCUCUCAGGAGGACCGCCACAGGUAGGCUCUCAGGAGGACCGCCACAGGUAGGUGACACAGGUAGGCUCUCAGGAGGACCGCCACAGGUAGGCUCUCAGGAGGACCGCCACAGGUAGGUGACACAGGUAGGCUCUCAUGAGGACCGCCACAGGUAGGUGACACAGGUAGGCUCUCAUGAGGACCGCCACAGGUAGGUGACACAGGUAGGCUCUCAUGAGGACCGCCACAGGUAGGUGUCAUACAUUUACAUUUACGUCAUUUAGCAGACACUCUUAUCCAGAGCCACUUACAAAUUGGUGCAUUCACCUUAUGAUAGCCAGUGGGACAACCACUUUUUUCGUGGGGGUGGGGUGGGGGGGCGGUAUAAGGAUUACUUUUAUACUAUCCCAGGUAUUCCUUAAAGAGGUGGGGUUUCAAGUGUCUCCGGAAGGUGGUCAGUGACUCCGCUGUCCUGGCGUCGUGAGGGAGCUUGUUCCACCAUUGGGGUGCCAGAGCAGCGAACAGUUUUGACUGGGCUGAGCGGGAACUGUGCUUCCGCAGAGGUAUCAUAUCUGAUAUCACAUAUCUGAUGUGGAACCCCUGUGCAAGGAUUCUCACAAAUCAAUCAAUUUGUCCAUGAUUCCAUAGAGGGACGAGACAAGGUUGUACGAUGUCUCCCUUGCUGUUCACCUUAGCCGUUGAACCUCUUUCUGAGACUAUCCGGAUGUGUGAGGUGCAUUAUGUAUGUGAUGUACAGUGCAUUCGGAAAGUAUUCAGACCCCUUGACUUUUUCCACAUUAUGUUAUGUUAUGGCCUUAUUCUAAAAUGGCUUAAAUAAAAAAAGAAUCCUCAUCAGUCUACACACAAUACCUCAUAAUGACAAAGCGGAAACAGGUUUUUAUACAUUUACAUAAGAAUUCCGAUCCUUUGCUAUGAGACUCUAAAUUGAGCUCAGGUGCAUUCUGUUUCCAUUGAUCAUCCUUGAAAUGUUUCUACAACUUGAUUGGAGUCCACCUGUGGAAAAUUCAACUGAUUGGACAUGAUUUGGAAAGGCACACACCUGUCUACAGUGGGGAGAACAAGUAUUUGAUACACUGCUGAUUUUGCAGGUUUUCCUACUUACAAAGCAUGUAGAGGUCUGUAAUUUUUAUCAUAGGUACACUUCAACUGUGAGAGACGGAAUCUAAAACAAAAAUCCAGAAAAUCAAUCAUUGUAUGAUUUUUAAGUAAUUAAUUUGCAUUUUAUUGCAUGACAUAAGUAUUUGAUACAUCAGAAAAGCAGAACUUAAUAUUUGGUACAGAAACCAUUGUUUGCAAUUACAGAGAUCAUAUGUUUCCUGUAGGUCUUGACCAGGUUUGCACACACUGCAGCAGGGAUUUUGGCCCACUCCUCCAUACAGACCUUCUCCAGAUCCUUCAGGUUUCGGGGCUGUCGCUGGGCAAUAUGGACUUUCAGCUCCCUCCAAAGAUGUUCUAUUGGGUUCAGGUCUGGAGACUGGCUAGGCCACUCCAGGACCUUGAGAUGCUUCUUACGGAGCCACUCCUUAGUUGCCCUGGCUGUGUGUUUCGGGUCGUUGUCAUGCUGGAAGACCCAGCCAUGACCCAUCUUCAAUGCUCUUACUGAGGGAAGGAGGUUGUUGGCCAUGAUCUCGCGAUACAUGGGCCCAUCCAUCCUCCCCUCAAUACGGUGCAGUCGUCCUGUCCCCUUUGCAGAAAAGCAUCCCCAAAGAAUGAUGUUUCCACCUCCAUGCUUCACAGUUGGGAUGGUGUUCUUGGGGUUGUACUCAUCCUUCUUCUUCCUCCAAAAACGGCGAGUGGAGUUUAGACCAAAAAGCUCUAUUUUUGUCUCAUCAGACCACAUGACCUUCUCCCAUUCCUCCUCUGGAUGGUCAUUGGCAAACUUCAGACGGGCCUGGACAUGCGCUGGCUUGAGCAGGGGGACCUUGCGUGCGCUGCAGGAUUUUAAUCCAUGACGGCGUAGUGUGUUACUAAUGGUUUUCUUUGAGACUGUGUUCCCAGCUCUCUUCAGGUCAUUGACCAGGUCCUGCCGUGUAGUUCUGGGCUGAUCCCUCACCUUCCUCAUGAUCAUUGAUGCCCCACGAGAUUAGAUCUUGCAUGGAGCCCCAGACCGAGGGUGAUUGACCGUCAUCUUGAACUUCUUCCAUUUUCUAAUAAUUGCGCCAACAGUUGUUGCCUUCUCACCAAGCUGCUUGCCUAUUGUCCUGUAGCCCAUCCCAGCCCUGUGCAGGUCUACAAUUUUAUCCCUGAUGUCCUUACACAGCUCUCUGGUCUUGGCCAUUGUGGAGAGGUUGGAGUCUGUUUGAUUGAGUGUGUGGACAGGUGUCUUUUAUACAGGUAACGAGUUCAAACAGGUGCAGUUAAUACAGGUAAUGAGUGGAGAACAGGAGGGCUUCUUAAAGAAAAACUAACAGGUCUGUGAGAGCCGGAAUUCUUACUGGUUGGUAGGUGAUCAAAUACUUAUGUCAUGCAAUAAAAUGCAAAUGAAUUACUUAAAAAUCAUACAAUGUGAUUUUCUGGAUUUUUGUUUUAGAUUCCGUCUCUCACAGUUGAAGUGUACCUAUGAUAAAAAUUACAGACCUCUACAUGCUUUGUAAGUAGGAAAAGCUGCAAAAUCGGCAGUGUAUCAAAUACUUGUUCUCCCCACUGUAUAUAAGGUCCCAAAGUUGACAGUGCAUGUCAGAUCAAAAACCAAGCCAUGAGGUUAAAGGAAUUGUCCGCAGAGCUCCGAAACAUGAUUGUGUCGAGGCACAGAUCUGGGGAAGGGUACCAAAACAUUUCUGCAGCAUUGAAGGUCCCCAAGAACACAGUGGCCUCCAUCAUUCUUAAAUGGAAGAAGUUUGGAACCACCAAGACACUUCCUAGAGCUGGCCGCCCGGCCAAACUGAGCAAUCGGGGGAGAAGGACCUUGGUCAGGGAGGUGACCGAGAACCCGAUGUUCACUCUGACAGAGCUCCAGAGUUCCUCUAUGGAGAUGGGAGAACCUUCCAGAAGGACAACCAUCUCUGCAGCACUCCACCAAUCAGGCCUUUAUGGUAGAGUGGCCAGACGGAAGCCACUCCUCAGUAAAAGGCACAUAACAGCCCGCUUGGAGUUUACCAAAAGGCACCUAAAGGACUCUCAGACCAUGAAAAACAAAAUCCCUACGGGAUGCCAAGAGUGUGCAAAGCUGUCAUCAAGGCAAAGAGUGGAUAUUUGAAGAAUCUCAAAUAUAAAAUAAAUGUUGAUUUGUUUAACACUUUUUUGGUUACUACAUGAUUCCAUAUGUGUUAUUUCAUAGUUUUGAUGUCUUCACUAUUAAUCUACAAUGUAAAAUAAACCUCGGCAAGACGGAGCUGCUCUUCCUCCCGGGGAAGGACUGCCCGCUCCAUGAUUUCGCCAUCACGGUUGACAACUCCGUUGUGUCCUCCUCCCAGAGUGCAAAGAGCCUUGGUGUGACCCUGGACAACACCCUGUCGUUCUCCGCUAACAUCAAAGCGGUGACCCGAUCCUGUAGGUUCAUGCUCUACAACAUUCGCAGAGUACGACCCUACCUUACACAGGAAGCGGCACAGGUCCUAAUCCAGGCACUUGUCAUCUCCCGUCUGGAUUACUGCAACUCGCUGUUGGCUGGGCUCCCUGCCUGUGCCAUUAAACCCCUACAACUCAUCCAGAAUGCCGCAGCCCGUCUGGUGUUCAACCUUCCCAAGUUCUCUCACGUCACCCCGCUCCUCCGCACACUCCACUGGCUUCCAGUUGAAGCUCGCAUCUGCUACAAGACCAUGGUGCUUGCCUACGGAGCUGUGAGGGGAACGGCACCUCCUUACCUUCAGGCUCUGAUCAGUCCCUACACCCAAACGAGGGCAUUGCGUUCAUCCAUCUCUGGCCUGCUGGUCCCCCUACCUCUACGGAAGCACAGCUACCGCUCAGCCCAGUCAAAACUGUUCGCUGCUCUGGCACCCCAAUGGUGGAACAAGCUCCCUCACGACGCCAGGACAGCGGAGUCACUGACCACCUUACGGAGACUCUUUAAGGAAUAUCUGGGAUAGUAUAAAAGUAAUCAUUCUACCCCCCCACCCCACCCCCACAAUUUUUUUUUUUAAAUAUAUGUAUAUAAAACAAAUGAAAAUUAUAACAAAUAUAAAAAAUAAAAAAUAAGAAUAUUGUAAAGUGGUUAUCCCACUGGCUAUAAUAAGUUGAAUGCACCUAUUUGUAAGUAGCUCUGGAUAAGAGCGUCUGCUAAAUGACGUAAAUGUAAAUGUAAAAAGUUGAACAAAUAAAGAAAAACCUUUGAAGGAAGCAAACGUUUGAUUGGAACUGUAUAUAUUCUUAAUUCAUUCCUUACUUAGAUUUGUAUUGGGUAUAUGUUGUAAAAUGGUUAGAUAUUACUUGUUAGAUAUUACUGCACUGUCGGAGCUAGAAGCACAAGCAUUUCGCUACACCCGCUAUAACAUCUGCUAAACACGGGUAUGUGACCAAUAAAAUUUGAUUUGAUUUGAUUUAGAUUGAUGAGUGGAAAAAACAAUUUAAUCAAUUUUAGAAUAAGGCUGUACCGUAACAAAAUGUGGAAAAAGUUAAGGGGUCUGAAUACUUUUCGAAUGCACUGUAUAUGUGAUGUGGACAUUGAACAGACCACUCACAGAUCCCCUAUGAUCUCAUUUUGGAUUUUCCUUGUCUCUGUGAUUGGCAGACCUUUGGGAAGACUCCAAGUUUAAAGACUGUCGGAUGGAGAAUGCAACGUUCCUCCAUCCGAAGAAAGGCUGCCAUCUAAACUUCCAGGAGGAGAAUGACAUGGUCAUCUACAUGGUCAGCUUUCUGGGGAGCCUAGCAACCCUGCCGGGCAACAUCCUGUCAGCCCUCUUCAUGGACAAGAUAGGAAGGAUAAAGAUUAUAGGUGAGGAAAGUGUAGACACGUACGUAGCUCCAUGGGGAGUAGUCAAUGGUACAAAACAAACUGAAAAAGAUGGCAGAAGAAGGAUAAGAGAAGAUGAAUAGGGGAACGCAUAUGGCAUGUGAGAGGAAGCCUAGAGGAGAGGGGGAAACCGAGGCAAAGUACAGAAAUCAUAGAGAGAGUAAGAGAGGACGAGAGAUCAGGAGAAGAGGAGAGAGAAGAUGCUAUGGGACGAAAUAGACCGGUAUAAGGAAAAGCAUAGGGAGGACGAGCACCCUGCACCGCUUACUGAGCAUCUAGAUGUCUUUUAUUAUCUCGCAAGCAAAAACAAGGACAAGAAUGCCGAGAGACCAGACGAUGUUAGGAGCAGAGCCAGAGCAGACUCAUCAGAGGGAGUAAAAAAGGAGAGGUCGGGACGAGAGAGAGAUUGCUAGAGAGUAACACACCGAGAGAGACCACCGAGACGAGAACCCAGAGAAAGACAUAAGACACUCCAACAUCAAAGACCACUCAGAUUGAGAGACGAGAGCCCCCAGAGUAGAGCAGUCUACGUAGUAUGCAGAAGUUGAGAAGAGACCGGGAGCAAAAGACGAGGGGAGAAAAGGAGAGGAACGGGAGAGAUAAGAAUAAGAAAAUCCCUCACAGAACUCCAAUCCCAGGAUCGUCCGCCCAAUGUAAGCAGAGAGAGAUGAGAGAAGACUUACGACGAAGAGCAGAGGGAGAGAGAGAGAGAGAGAGAUCGAGAGAGAUAUCGGUGAGAGAGAGAGAAGAGAGACUGCAGCAGAGAGCAGAGAUGAGAGAGUAAGUAGACGAGACCGACGAAGAGGCCACAUCAGAGCAAGAGAAGCAGUACUAGAGCCUAGAAGGACCCUAGAGAGAGAGUAGAGAGGACGGCGGGUCGCAGAAAAAGUAUGCCCUAAGACGUAUGAGAAACGAGCAGAGAAUGCCAAGGUCAUGGCCCUCCGCAUGACCACUGCCAGAUCCGAGAAGAGCGUCAGAGUAGUAGUUAGAGAAGAGAGUAGACGAGAGAGAUGAGAGAGAGAGAGAGUAGAAGAGAGAGAAAUGAUGGGAGAGAGAGAGAGAGAGAGAAGAGAGAGAAAGAGAGAGAGAGAAGAGAGAAAGAGAGAGAGAGAGAGAACACGGAGAGUAGAGCCAAGCAGAGGGGGAGAAAAGAGGUCUGAGGAUGUAGAGAGACGAGUAGAGAAAGAAAGAAAGACGAGGAGGAAAGAGAAGGAGAGAGAGACGAGCAGGAGGAAAAGAGGGAGAGAGCGAGACGCAGGAGAGAGAGAGGAGAGAGAGAGAGAGAGAGAAAGACAAGGAAGGAGAGAGAGAGCAGUAGAGAGGACGGGGUAGCUAAAAGCGAGGAGAAAAGAGAGCCGAGAGAAGAAAGAAAACGAAAAGAAAAGAGAGAGAGAGAGAGAGAAGAGAGAAAAGAGAGAGAGAGAGAGAGCGAGAGAGAAGGAAGGAGAGAGAGAGAGAGAGAAGAGAGAGAGAGAGAGAGAGAGAGAGAGGAGAGAGAGAGAGAGAGAGAGAGAGAGAGGGGAAAAGAGAGAGAGAGACGAAAGAGAGAGAGAAAAGAGAGAGAGAGAGAGAGAGUAGAGAGAGCAGAGAGAGCGAGCGAGGAGAGAAGGAGAGAGAGAGGAGAUGAAAGAGAGAGAGAGAGAGAGAGGAGAGAGGAGAAGAGAGAGAGCGUCGAAGAGAGGAGAAAGAGAGGGAGAAAAGGAGAGUAGGAGAGGAAGAGAGAGAAGUAGAGAGAGCGAGAGAGAGGCUAGAGAGAGAGAGAGAGAGAGUGCGAGAGCAUAUCUUAUCUACCUCUCUGCUCUCCUCUCUCUCUUCUCUCCUCUAUCUCUCUCUCUCUCUCUCCUCUGUCUCCCCCCCUCUCCCCCCCCUCCAGGUGGUUCUAUGCUAAUAUCAGCAGCUUGUACGUUCCUCCUGCUACUCAGCUUCAGUCAGGGGGCAGUUAUAUUAUUUCAGUGCCUCUUCUACGCUACCAGCGUCGCUGCCUGGAACGGACUGGAGGUUAUCACAGUAGAAAUCUACCCUUCUGAUAAAAGGUACAGAGAACCACAAUCCCAAUCCCCAUGUCAAUGUCCUGAUAUCAGACUGAUGUCUGGGGUGUUCACGAUGAGGGAUUUAGGUUGUUUCAAACUGAUCCAGGUUGUUUUUACUCAGACACCUGUGAGCCAUUCAAAACCUCCCGACCCACCAGUUGAGAACCACUGUUGUAAACUGUCCUUAAAGCACCCGUCUUAAACCCCACUGAUGACUCUUCCUCUCUCUUCCUCAGAUGCACAGCGUUCGGAGUGCUGAACGGUACCUGUAAGCUGGCAGCCAUCAUUGGCAGCGUCAUCUUUGCCAAGUUCAUCGGCAUCACAAAGAUCAUCCCCAUUUUCCUGGCAUUCGCAGCGCUGGUCUGUGGAGGCCUGCUGGCCACUAAACUGCCCGACACACGGGAGAAGAUCCUGGAGUGAAAACAGCCAAACAUCUACAGCAUCAAGGGUUUGCAAGAUUCCUGUAGCUUUCCAAAAUUCCCAGGUUUUCAAUAAAUCUUGGUUGGAGGAUUCCCGGAUUUCCUGCUUAAACGUGGGAAUUUGGGGAAAGUU